GCCCCUUCCCCCCCAAAAAGGGUUUGAUCUUCGGGGGGUGGGGGGAGAGCGGCCGCAGCCGGCCAAGUUCCCGUGUGGCUCGGAAGGGGCGAGGCGGGGACGGGGGGUGGGGACCAUGCCCCAGCUCAGCAGCGGCGGAGGGGAUGACCUGGGGGCCAAUGACGAGAUGAUCGCCUUUAAGGACGAAGGGGAGCAAGAGGAGAAGAUCCAGGAAAACGCCUUCACCGAGCGCGAUCUGGCCGACCUCAAGUCCUCGCUGGUGAACGAGUCGGAGAGCAACAGCAGCCCCGCUGCCGCGGCGGCCGAUCCGGAGGCGAUCAGGCGUGUGCAGGAUCCUCAAAGGGUUUAUCAGGAGAAACUCCCGGAUCACAUGGAAGAUGGUAUAAAGCAUCAGGACACGGGGAUGUACAAAGGAUCUGCUUAUUCUGGCUACCCUUUUCUAAUGCUCUCAGACCCUUAUCUGCCAAAUGGAUCUAUGUCACCUUUGUCCAACAAGGUUCCUGUAGUGCAGCCGUCCCACGGAGUCCAUCCACUCACCCCACUCAUUCCAUACAGCAACGAACAUUUCAGCCAUGGCUCCCACUCACCACACCUGCCAGCCGACAUCAACCAGAAACAAGGUGUGCACCGUCCUUCCCAAACAUCGGAUAUCCCUGGUUUCUACUCCCUCCCUCCCGGCGGGGUUGGACAGAUAACACCUUCUAUGGGAUGGCAGAGCCAGUCUGUCUAUCCGCUCCCGUCAUGUGGAUUUAGACAGCCGUAUUCGUCAGCGCUCUCUGCUGGGGCUACUUUCUCCAGGUUUACACAUCCCCUGAUGCUGAGCUCUGGAAUGCAUACCACUGGAAUCCCUCAUCCAGCCAUAGUACCCCACUCUGGGAAGCAAGAAAUGGAUCAUUACGACCGGAGCAUGUAA